AUGCGCGUCUCCAUUCUCCUCUAUCCCGCCCUUCUUGUCGCCUCCGCAGCGACAAUCUCCGCUCGACCAAUCCUUUCUGGUCCUGUCCAGCAGUCGCCAUCGCCAUCGCUGGAAGAAGCUCGUGACAUCAGCACGCAUCUGUCUCACAUCCCCAAUAGUGGUACCCACGACCGGCACAGUGGACCAUACGUUCACGCCUAUGCGAUGCAUCAUAGUGCUGACAGGGAUAUCGCACCUGGCGCAUGGGCCAAGUCGUUUUCGAUGCAACACGAGGAGCAGAUUAUGCUACAAAUACUCAAGCCGCUCCAGGCUGCAAAGAGGCAUACCGCUCAGAUCGUUGUUGAUUGUCUCGCACCGACCAUGGACCGCGCAGACUGUCGCCUCGGUGGUUCCGAUUCUGUUACAGGUUCAUAA